AUGGAAGUCGAAUAUCUCUCACCCACAUAUUCUUAGUAUGGAGUGACCAACGAUAGUGAGCAUAAGAAAUUCUUCGAUAGAAGGAUAUUGUUCGAUUCAAAACAAGAUUAAUCUCAACCGAUGUCAUCCAAGAAUCAAGAAUAGAUAUUCAAAAGCAUUGGAAGAACAGUAUUCUAAACUAAAAAAAUUAGGAGUCUUUAGGUUUCUCCCCAUGAUUCCCCAUCAAACGAGUAAAGAAGAAUUAACUCUAGACUCAGAUAAAAAUUAAUCAACUAAACACCUCCACUAGAGUCUUAUAUUAGAAAGAAGCUAGGGUGUAUAUAAGAAACAUUUCAAUCAAGAGUGAGAGAUUAGAAGUUUAGUAGCAGUCUGAGAAGGAGAUCAAUUCUUCCAACGAUAGAAAUGCCAAGCCAAGCCUUCCUUGAGUAGACAUACAAUAAAAGUACCAUAAGUAGAUAAAAGGCAAGAGUAACUCAAACAGGGGUAACUUUAAAAAUGGAGAGAUCUACUAGUCCUCGACAGCUAAGGUUAAAUAACUCAAUCAAAUUGGAAUUAGACAAUAACUAAUCUCUAAAUGCUAAAAGAUAAUAAUAAUUGCAAUCUCAGUUUCACCGGCCUUACAUCCUCAAGAAGCAUUGCUAAAUCAGAAGGAAAACUAUUUAGCAGGAGGAUGAUAUUUAGAUUUUCAAAUAUAAAAUUUAAGACUAGAGAGGAGCGCAUAAAAGGUUCUCAAUUCAGAUAACUACCGCCUCAUAACCAGAAUGUAAUUAAUGA